UAGAUUAUCCUUCUAGUUUUUACGACAAUAUGUUCUUUUUGUUUCACAUUUUUUGUGAUUAUCUCUUAUAAAUGUAUGUGGGAUUUCUUUCUGAAAUACUAGUUUUCAAUGUGAAGUGCUUGCUGGAGUGUUAGUGCAAUCUUUUAAAAAUGGCUGAUAUAAUUUCUCUCCAUAUUGGCCAAGCAGGCAUUCAAAUAGGAAAUUCUUGCUGGGAGUUAUAUAGUAUAGAACAUGGUAUUGAUAAAGAUGGUAGAAGAGAUGAACAUACCGAAGAUGAUAAAUGUUCUACGUUUUUCAGCGAAACAGAUUCUGGUAGAUUCUCACCGAAAGCUAUUUUCAUAGAUCUCGAACCUAGUGUAAUUGAUAGCAUUAAAAUGGGCCCUAUGAAAGGAAUGUACCAUCCAGAUCAGAUGAUCGCUUCCAAAGAAGAUGCUGCCAACAACUACGCAAGAGGCUACUAUACUGUAGGAAAAGAAGUGGUAGAUCGUGCUAUGGACACGAUCAGGAAAGUAGCAAUGAAAUGUGACAGCCUAAGCGGAUUCAUGAUCUUCCGCUCGUUCGGAGGUGGAACUGGGUCAGGAUUCACCUCUCUUCUCCUUAGCAAAAUAAAUGAGGAGUACCAAAAGGCUAGCAAACUCGAAUUCUCGGUAUAUCCAUCACCAAAAGUUGCAACUAGCAUCGUAGAACCUUAUAAUUCUGUUUUCUCAACCCACGCCAACUUGGAUACUUCAACGUGUACGUUCCUUAUGGAUAACGAGGCUACUUUCGACAUAUGCUCUAAGAAACUGGGAAUAGAGAGGCCCAAUUAUUGUAACCUUAAUCGGUUGAUAGCUCAAGUCGUUUCGUCAACUACUACGUCCUUGAGAUUUACUGGAUCGUUGAACGUUGAUCUCAAUGAAUUCGAGACAAAUUUGAUACCAUUUCCUAGAAUACAUUUUCCUCUGGUAUCAUACGCACCAAUCGUCAGUAAAGACGGAUAUCACAACAGUUUCAGCACUUCACAGAUCACCCAAGACUGUUUUUCAGGGGAAUAUACGAUGGUCAAAUGUGACAAUAAAAGUGGAAAAUAUAUGGCGUGCUGUUUAUUAUACAGGGGAGAUGUAACUCCCUCAGAUGUCAAUAAGGCCAUCUCCAAUGUCAAAACAUCAGUGAAUUUCGUGGAUUGGUCUCCCACUGGUUUCAAAGUCGGAAUCAAUACUCAGCGCCCAGAAGUCAUACCUAAUGGUGAUACAAACAAAACGCCAAGAGCUGUAGCAGCACUUUCUAAUACAACUUCAAUAGCACACGCAUGGUCAGCUAUUAACUACAAAUUCGACCUUAUGUACAAUAAGAGAGCAUUCGUUCAUUGGUAUGUGGGAGAAGGAAUGGAGGAGGGAGAAUUUACUGAGGCGAGGGAGAACUUGGCAGCUUUAGAAAAAGAUUAUGAAGAAAUAUCGAAGGAAUAUGAUUUUGACCAGAGCGCAUCUUCAAGUAUAAUGUGAUACUUUUACAAUUUAUUAUAUUAUUAUUUUUAUUGUGUGAUAUUUCUGAAAAUAUUUAUUAUUAUUUUAUUCAACGAUAUUUGUGAAAAUAUUCACUAGUAUUUUAUUAUGCGAUAUUUGUGAAAAUAUUCGUCCCUAUGAAGCUUGAGCGCAAAAAAAAAAUGAAAUAGUAUUGAAACGCAGCAAUAUCAUAAUUAUCUAUUAAGUAUACCUAUCAAUAUCGAAGAUCCGUCCACAACUUUCGAGUAAUUUUGUUUUAUAUAUUUUAUAUAUUAUCUCAUGUCAGUUGAUCUUUGAAAUGUCCAAAAGACGUUCUUGUAAGUUUCAAAAAUUUUUAAUUUCAUUUUGUGUUCAGGUGAAAUCAAUGCUAUAUGAAAUACAUUAUUUUAAAACAAA